UCCUCCCUUUUCUCGGUCUGUAACAGUGUCCUGAUGGAGCUUUCUUACCAGACCCUCAAAUUAACGCACCAGGCGCGGGAAGCGUGCGAAAUGAGGACAGAAGCACGACGAAAAAAUCUUCUUAUUUUGAUCUUGCAUUAUUUAACACAAGAAGGAUACAUUGAUGCAGCCAAUGCUUUGGAGCAAGAAACGAAACUUGGGCUACGACGCUUUGAAGUUUGUGACAACGUUGAUCUUGAAACUAUCUUGAUGGAAUACGAGAGCUAUUAUUUUGUAAAAUUUCAGAAAUACCCCAAAAUUGUCAAAAAGGCAUCAGACACAGCAGAAAAUAAUUUACCACAAAGAAGUGGAGGGAAGACCAGAAGGGUGAUGAGUGACAGUUGUCAAAAUCUUCCCAAGAUCAACCAGCAGAGGCCACGGUCCAAAACCACAGUGGGGAAGACAGGCGACGCCAGACCCCUCCCCAAGGAGCACCCUAACCAGCAGCUUGUCAAUCACACUUACGUGGGAAGUGCUGACUUUGGCUUAAGCGUAUCAGGACUCAGCAAAGCCAGCAGAGAAGAAAACUCGCGCCCGCAAAAAGGCCAAAUCAUUGACUUCCGAGGGCUGCUCACAGAUGCCAUCAAAGGAGCCACCAACGAACUCGGCUUGAACAGCUUCAACUGCAACCCAGACCCCUCAGAACGGCUGCUGAAGCCUCUGAGUGCAUUUAUUGGCAUGAACAGUGAGAUGCGAGAAUUGGCAGCCGUGGUGAGCCGGGACAUUUAUCUCCAUAAUCCGAACAUCAAGUGGAAUGACAUUAUUGGGCUGGAUGCAGCCAAGCAGUUAGUCAAAGAAGCCGUUGUGUAUCCCAUCAGGUACCCGCAGCUGUUUACAGGAAUUCUUUCCCCCUGGAAAGGACUGCUGCUCUACGGACCUCCAGGUACCGGAAAGACUUUACUGGCCAAAGCUGUGGCGACAGAGUGCAAAACAACCUUCUUCAAUAUCUCUGCCUCUACCAUCGUCAGCAAAUGGAGAGGGGAUUCGGAAAAACUUGUCCGGGUGUUAUUUGAACUUGCCCGCUAUCACGCCCCCUCCACCAUCUUCCUGGACGAGCUGGAGUCGGUGAUGAGUCAGAGAGGCACGGCUCCUGGGGGAGAGCAUGAAGGGAGCCUGCGGAUGAAGACGGAGUUGCUGGUGCAGAUGGAUGGGCUAGCUCGCUCUGAAGAUCUCGUGUUUGUCUUAGCAGCCUCCAACCUACCGUGGGAGCUGGACCGCGCCAUGCUGCGCCGCCUGGAGAAGCGGAUUCUGGUCGGUCUCCCCAGCCGGGAGGCCAGGCAGGCCAUGAUCCACCACUGGCUGCCCCCCGUGAGCAGGAGCAGCGCCCUGGAGCUGCGCGCGGAGCUGGAGUACAGCGUGCUGGGCCGGGAGACCGAGGGCUACUCGGGCUCGGACAUUAAGCUAGUCUGCAGGGAGGCAGCCAUGCGGCCUGUGAGGAAGAUCUUCAGUGCCCUUGAAAAUCACCAGUCAGAGAGCAGCCACUUACCUGGGAUCCAGCUGGACACAGUGACCACUGCCGACUUUCUGGACGUGCUGGCUCACAGCAAGCCUUCAGCAAAAAACCUGACUCACAGAUACGCAGCCUGGCAAAGUGAGUUCGAGUCUGUCUGAAAUCACGUGUACCCUGACCUGGCCACAGAGACAACCGCAGAGGCCGCCCUGUUUAUUAGUGUAAAUAGAAGGACGUGAUACUUGGAAUAGAAAAGAGAAAACUACUCUUGAAGACUGGACGGGUUUGGACAGCUGUAUCAUUUUGGAAGUAGUUUCAUUGUUUUUUCAUGGUCAAUGUUGGUGAAAUAUCGAGGAUUCUAAUUUACAGGCCCAUGUGCUGUGCGGCCGUGCAGUGGAGACUUUUCUCACGGUGAGAGGCCAUAAA